ACUUGAUGCAUAUUCAAGGAAGAGUUUUAAGUUUGGAAAAAGAAAUGGAUGAAUCCUUAGAAUUGGAUACCGAAUCCUUUUCAGAGAAGACCAAACUAAGAAUAUUGAAAAUCAAUAAUGUGGAGCUCUCUGAAGACAUUGAAUAUCUCUCUCAAUUGUUGCAGAUAAUUAAUUGGCCUGGCUAUCCUUCGAAGAGUUUGCCCCCAACGUUUCAAGUGCGGUAUUUGUUUGGACUACUCUUGCCUCAUAGUCACAUUUUACGACUUUGGGAUGGAAAAAAGGUUAGCCUUAAAACUCUUAAUUCUCCCCCAACUCAACAUCGAAUUUGGAAGUCAAUGCUCCCUCAAUUCAACAUUCAUCAAACAGUAUCUACUGGUUUGGGGUGCCUUAAAACUCUUAAUUUGAUGGGUUGCAAACUUAUGGAUGAGGACAUUCCUGAAGAUCUCCAUUGCUUUUCCUCAUUAGAAACACUAGAUCUGAGCUAUAAUAAAUUCACAACACUCCCUGAUAGUCUUAGCCACCUCAAUAAGUUAAAAACAUUGAACCUGAAUUUUUGCACUGAGCUUAAAGACUUACCAAAGCGUCCAGACAGUUUGCAAUAUGUAGGAGGAAUAGACUGCAGAUCAAUGUCAGAACAAUAUUAUAACAAAAUUUUGCUUAUCCCUUCAAAUUCUGGACACCAACUUUACCUUAAUUUUAUCAUUCGUUCCGAGGAUACAAAUGUAGAAUGUGCCAUGAACUUGUUCCAACAUUCGAUAUUUACUCGAAGAUCGUUUGUGCUAAAUAUUAUAUAAGAGAAACCAUCCACUAUCAUCCAUGAAGAUGUCGACAUGUUGGAGUGGUUUGGCCAGAUAAAUGAAGGGAAUUGGAUAAACAUCCAGUAUGAGCAAGAAUUCUCAAUCAGUAAACCACUCAAUAUCAUGUAUGAAGAUGUUGAUCUAAGCAAUGUUUGUGGAGUUUUCCUCUCAACAAACAUUGAAUUUCCACUAAUUUUAGAUCAUCUUGCACUUGGAGGAUUCUCUGUUAGCUUUGAAAUGUUCUGGUGGAACAAUGGGUUAUGAGAUGUCCCAAUUUAAAGCUACAAGAUUCUUUUGCGUAGCAUACAUACCAAUUUGAAUGUUUAUACAUCAUAGUUUGAUGGUUCAAAGAUGCUUCUCUAUCAAGUCUACAAUUAGUUAUUGUUGUGAUCAUAUAGAUGCAAGCAAGGUCAAAAUCAAAGCAUGUGGUGUUUCAUCUUUACUCUCCUGGCUAAAUGUAUCAGAGUAUUUGGGAAAGUUGUUCGCUAAACGUUAUUGCUCUAAACGCAAUUUCUGCACCAUGAUUCGACAACAUUAUGAUCAUAAUAGUGAAUGUAGGUGUGAUGAACUUGAGGUUGCAAAGGAUGACUUUUCAUCCUAUACAUUUGAAUCUGAUGAUUCAACAUUUUUGCUAAGGAUGAACCUCAGAGUAUUGGGGAUAAUAAACUGAUCUUCAUCUGCUUGUGGACGUAGUUAACACACUAUUAGUGUACUAUACCAUGAACGAUUUAGAAGUAAGUUUGAUCUUCUUCUGGAUGGAGAUAAGAUUCCAAAACUCUUCACCAAUCAAAGCGGAGGAAACAUGACAGAAAUAAAGUUACCACAAUAUUUGGAAAAAUUUCGAGACAGUGUAGGUCUUUCUGUGUGUGCUCUUGUGGUUGUGGACGAGAAAAAAAGAAAACUAAAUGACAUUAUUCCAGAACAAGGAAGGUAUAUAAAAGUUGCGGAUCUUAUAUGCAAACUCAAAGUUGACCCAUAUCAAAUUUUACCAAAGCACUGUCACUUUAUAUCUCAA